AUGAGAAUCAAAAAGAAGAAUACAUCCGGUAAUGCCCAUAAUUUCAUUACUAGAACACAAGCAGUUCGUAAAUUGCAACUAUCUCUAGCUGAUUUUAGAAGAUUAUGUAUUUUCAAAGGUAUUUAUCCAAGGGAACCAAGAAACAAGAAAAAGGCUAACAAAGGUUCUACUGCACCUGUUACCUUUUAUUAUACUAAAGAUAUUCAAUAUUUAAUGCAUGAACCUAUUUUGGCUAAAUUUAGAGAACAUAAAACUUUCAUUAAGAAGGUCACUAAAGCCUUGGGUAAAGGUCAAGUUAAUACAGCCUCCAAAUUAGAAUCUAAAAGACCACAAUACACAUUGGAUCAUGUUAUCAAAGAACGUUAUCCAUCUUUUCCAGAAGCUUUAAGAGAUAUUGAUGAUGCUUUGAAUAUGUUAUUUUUAUUUGCUAAUUUGCCAGCUACUGACAAAAUUACCUCUAAAGUUACACAAGAAGCUACUAAAUUGACCAAUCAGUGGUUGGCCUAUGUUGCAAGAGAAAGACUAGUACAAAAGGUUUUUGUUUCUAUCAAAGGUGUUUAUUAUAGUGCUACUGUUAAGGGGGAAGAAAUCAGAUGGAUUGUCCCAUAUAAAUUCCCAGAGAAUAUCCCAAACGAUGUUGAUUUUAGAAUCAUGUUAACCUUUUUGGAAUUUUAUUCUACCCUGGUCCACUUUGUUUUAUAUAAAUUGUACCAUGACGCUGGUUUAGUCUAUCCACCAACAUUGGAUUUAAACAAAGAAAAAAGCAUUGGUGGUUUGAGUUCUUAUGUUUUAGAAGAAAACAAGGGCGAUGCCACUAAUGUUGCCAAAGUCACUGGCGUUGUGUUGAGUAGUAAAGAAAAUGCUCGGAAGUUGGAUGCCGUCACUUUACAGGAUGCUAUGAACGCCGAUUCCAAAAGUGAAAAACUUACUGAACAGAUAAAAGACGAUUACAAGGAUGAAAAUCCCGCAGAAACUGAACUAGACGUUUUUGAAGAUAACAACAAGAAUAAAGGUGAUGUUUUGGAACAGCCUUCUAAAUACAGUUCCCCUACCUCCAUCUUGUUUAAAAACUUUGUAUUCUAUAUUGGUAGAGAGGUUCCAAUUGACAUAUUGGAAUUUUUGAUUUUAUCCUGCGGUGGUAAAGUGAUAAUUGAAGCUGAGUUAGAUCAAUUAGAAGACAAAUCCAAAAUUGAUUUAAGUAACAUAACGCAUCAAAUCUGUGAUAGACCAAUAAUCAAGAAUAAGGUUGUUGGUAGAACCUAUGUCCAACCGCAAUGGGUUUUUGAUUCUAUUAAUAAGGGUGAAUUAGUUUCUGCCAAUCUAUACUUACCAGGCGAGACUCUACCUCCCCAUUUAUCCCCAUGGGGUGAUUCUGUCGGUUAUGAUCCAUUGGCUGAAGAAGAAGAACAGCAAGAUGAAGAAGAAGGUGAAGAAGAGGAAGAAGAAGGUGAUAUUUCAGAAGACGACAAGGGUGGUGAAGAAAUAGAGGAUGAUGUGGAUGAAGAUCUAGUUGCUCAGAAAGAAUUAGAAUUAGAGGCAAAAGGUGUGGCUUAUUCAGAUGUUAAAGACAAAUUAUUGCCAUCUAAGAAGAGAAAGGUUGCCGAAGAUGGCGAUGAAGAUAAAGAUUUGAAAUUGAUUAUGAUGAGUAACAAGCAACGUAAACUAUACAAGAAAAUGCAAUAUUCUAAUAAUCAGAAAGAAGAAAGAGUUGAAACUUUAAAGAAAAAGAAAAAGGAAAUUGCCAAAAAGAAGAAACAAUUGAAAAACUCGAAAUGA